AUGGUGCAUGUGCGUGUACACGGAACAUCAUCUCCAAAACAACAAAUAGUGAAUACAAAUGAAGUUCCAGAUAACUCUUCAAAAGAUCCUCCCGUAAUCGAUGAAAUAAAAUUGCCAUGUAAAGUGAACAUCAGUAGUCGACCAUCACAUUCAUGGUCAAAUGAUGUAAUACUAACAGUAUCAAAAACAAAUUUGGUAAAGGGUGAUUUGUUUGUGCUUGACCUAAAUGAAGAUGGUACUAAGAAAAUUGUUUUACAAGUAGAAGAAGUGAAAGAUCCACCUGCACGUUUGCCAGGUAUAGCAUCAAUGAUAUUGGCUUCUGUUUACGGUCUUUGGGUAAAAGAUGCACCCUAUAGAGUAUCAUCUGGCUAUGUCACAGCAGAUACGAGAUUUGUAUUUCGUUCUUUGAGUGCAUGUUGUACAUUAUUUUUGCAAAUGAGUAAAGAAAUGUGGGAUUUUGAUCCAAACGGUGAUACAUAUUAUGAGAAAGCAGUUGAUGGAUUUUUAUUUGAUUUGUUUACGAGAUGGAAGCAACUUUCGUGUCAACAUGACGUUACAAUGACAUUAUUUUCUCGUGUAUAUUACAAUGUUACAGAUAUUGAAGCGUUUCCCAAACAAAUGCGUUCAUGUAUUGCACAAGAUUAUCAUGGACGAUUCUACGAAGAUUUCUAUCGCGUUAUUUAUCAGAAUGAACGUUACGAUGAUUGGUUACCAAGAUUAAUUAAAAUUAAACAGGUUAUUGUCGAUUAUAAAGAUUAUGUUUUGAAUUAUCAUCGAAAACGUUUGAAAAAUGACAAAGUACCAGAAGCAACAAUUUCAUGUGCCGCUGAAGGCAAUUUUCUCGAAACAUUAAAUUUAUCAUCGAGUGUAUUCGAACGACAUUACAUUGAUCGUUCAUUUGAUCGUCUUGGUCAAAUGUCUUUAGUUAUUACACCUGGUGGUGGAGUGUUCGAAGUUGAUAGAGAAUUAGCAAAUACCACGAAACAACGAGUAUUAGAUAAUGGAAUCGGUAGUGAUUUAGUUUGUCUUGGUGAACAGCCCUUAUUUGCUGUACCAUUAUUUAAAUUUUUUAAGCAGGGCUUAAAUGUUGCCGCAGAUUACCAGAUCCCACACUGGAUGAACUUAAGUUACUACCAUAGUUCAACUGCUCCAUCGUGUUUUAAACGUUACACCCCACGAAUAUUGUUCGAUGUUAGUCGAAUACAAAAUGAUCAACUAAAACCGGAUGAUUCUAAUUCGUCAAUUGAAGAUAGUUUUAUUAAAGUGCCGCGUUUAUCCGUUGAACAAUAUGAUGAUCAAGUAUUUAGAACACAACCAAGAGGUGCAUCUAAAAGUCUGUAUGUUGAUAAAUAUGACUCUUCUAGAACAACAGAUAUAAAAAAACGUCAUGUCACUAUGGACUAUGUACCCUGUCUAGCGCCAUGUGAAGAUGAUGAAAAUCAAACUGGCGGUGGUAUAGCGAUUCAGCAUAAUGACUAUCAUAAUCCAUGGAUAGGAAAUGAUAGUGAGAGAGAAUUUCGAUUUAUGAUAAAUGGAAGUGUCAAAGAUGAUCUAGCCCUAACGUUUCAUCAGCCAUCCAGUAUCAGUCAUAUUUAUAAUUCGUCUUAUACACAAACGAUUAUAUCACGACCAAUGGCUCAAAGUGCAGAAACAUUCUUUAUCGAAGGUUAUCGUGCAAGACUUCAUCUACGUCCGAAAGCACUACACAAUCCAUUCUCUCCAGCGGAUAUCAGAAUACCAAUGACAAACACGCGUAGACGGUGGGCUCAUACGUUUCCAAUUGGACCAAAUAAAUUACCUUGGCAUUUUCACCAUCUAAGGCCAAAUGAUCAUGCAAGAAGAAAGAGUCCCGUGAAUUUGUUUGAACAUGCUCAUAAAGUAGUUCCGGGCACAACCAAAAUGAUAAAACAUUUAUUACCAAAGUAUCAACAUUCAAAAAUGGGAAGUGAUCUGAAUAAUAUUAGUAGACCGAGGAGAGUUGUUCAAUCUCCUGUGAGAACGAUCGAGAAUACGCCAUAUUCAAAUGACAAUGGAAAUGAUCAGAUAAUACAACCGACAAGAAAAACAGAUUUAACAAUAGAUAAAGAUUCAAAAAUAACACGAGGACAUAAAUUAACUGGAUCAAUAGCAACAAAAUCAUCAAGAACAAGAAUAGAAGAACAACAAAAACAGCAAGAAACAAUUUUGUGGGGACCAACUGGUGCCGAACCAUGGAGCGCAGCAAUGAUUACGAGUAUUGAUUGGAGAUCGUUAACAAUGCCAGCCUGUUUACCUGGGACGUGUGAUUAUAUUCCAUCAAUGGAAGAAAUAAAUCGUGAAUAUAGUCAAAAUUUGUAUACAUUAAUUUAUACAUUAUCACCGAAGAGAAGACUGGGGCCCAAUGAUACUACAACAGAUGGAUUGAAAGAUACAACAUGGCGUCUACGAAAAGUCAUACUCGAUGAGUUAGUUGAUCAGCGACUAUCACAGGGUUUCCAAAUGGUCAGUGUAAUGCCAGAGAUUUUCAAGGGAAAAAUGGAAGAUUCAAUAACUCAAUCUGGUUAUAAACGUCUUGGACUGGAUUUUUUUCUAAGUAUGGGACGUAUCUAUCACACCAUCAGUUUGGUUACUAGUGAAAAUUCAACAGAAGAUACCGUCGAAAUUUAUGUGCAGCAACACAAACCACAACAUCCAAACCUAGCAAAAUGUAUGGAAUAUAAAUAUCGAUUUCAAGCGCCCGAUUCAUCAUUGUAUGAUUCUGCCAUAUUUGAAUUAAAACCAGAAAAUUUAGAACAAUAUCCAUGGAAUUCUGUUGAUAAUGUUGUUUGUACACAUGGCACAGGAGACAAUCAAUUGCUUGAGACGAUGAAAUAUUGGCGUACACGUUUAGUUGUUAUGCCAGCUAGUCGUGACUAUACACCAAAAAUGGUUGAAUCUGGCGUUAUCAAAUGUGAUAGUAGACCAGAAUUAACGCCGGAGCAAUUUUAUCAGUAUAUUGAACAUUUUACUCGAUUUUUACUAAUGUUAAAUAAAUUAAAAUAUGUUUCUCCAGAGCGUGUGUACAGGACAUUAUUUACAAAAGGUAUUAUUCGACAUUGUACUGGACAAGAAAAAUAUUAUCGAUUUGGAUUCUUUUUAUACUAUAUCGUGACAGACAAAACAAAAGAUUUUCAUUUGGAAGCCAAUGAUUAUGCUGAAGUUGAAUAUUUCAAAGUUCAUGAAUAUAUUCCAUCAAUGGAUUUUGAAGGAUUUGCUGACAGAAAACUUAUGCGUUUAUUACCAAAAAUAAUUAUGAAUGAUAAUAAAACAAAAUCAACAACACAAACGAAUUAUUCUAGUGAUCAACAGUUUGAUCGUGUCAUACAAUCUUAUAAUCUAAUAUCAACAUCUUUAUCAAGUCGCAUUUUACCUCCAUCUAUUUCUUCAGAUUUACCAAAUUUACGGCGAAAUUGCAAUGUUGAUGUUGAUCCAUUAAAUAAAAGUGAUCGUACUGAAUGGGCAACGGCUCAAUAUCAUUCGUAUUAUAAUCCACAUUGUCUAUUUGAAUUAGAAAUACGUUGGUUAGUGGCAACGGCAUGUAUACUCAGUGAUUUAAUUGGUAGUUGGGCUGUUCGUACCCAAACUGGUAUUGGUGAAGCACAAGUUGCAUUCCAUUUAGUACCGGUACCGUGUGAUCCAUUUGCUGAAUUUGAUCCUCUGAGAGGUCCUAUUUAUAUUAGACUAAACGUUGAAUGUUUGAAAGAAAGACUAAGUGAUUUAACAGAAAAUGAUCAGAUUGUGAAAAUGAGUAUAUUUCAAGAACUCAUACUCAAACGAUAUGGUUUUAUUCUAAAUGCUUGUGUCUGUAACAGUGACGAUAGUAUUUAUUAUGUUCAUAUUUCUGGUGGUAUGCUUGUAUAUAUAAUUAGUGAUGUUUAUAAUGUACAUAAAAUUCCAUCGCGAUUAGUUAGUACAGCGGAAACAGUUCCAACAGCUAGGAGUGAUAAAAAAGUGAAAAUGGACAUUGGUUUUUGUUGGUGUUGGAAUUUUUGUUUGGGUAGACGAUGGCGAACAAUAAACACUGGUGAUGAACGAUAUCAGGACAAAAUGUUAGCUGAUUUUAGAUCAUUUUGUCGAAAUGAUGAUAAUAGAAUGGUAUUAUUUUGGGAUGAAGCAUAUGAAAAGGCAACCAAAAUCAAAGCUUUUAAUCGUGACCUUUAA